AUGAAAAAAGGAUCAUUUAAGAAGGAAAGAUUUUCUGAUAAAAUUAUGUAAUAUUUUAUAUCUAUUUUUUAGUUAGAAAAUCUUAGAGAAAUAAAAUUAUGAUUAAUAUUCAAUAUUUUUUUUUUUCAUUAUUAUAAAAAUGAAUAAUGAUAAUACAAACAACAAUGAAAAUUUAAACAAUUUCAAUUUUCAAUUGAAUAGAUUUGGAAUAUCGUUUUAUGCAUUAGGAAUAGAGUAAUAUUUUUAUUUAGAUCCGUCAUUCUUUAGAGGAGAUUCCUUUGGUGAGGAGGAUGAUAACUUAAGAGGGUUAAGAUAAUCUUUAAGAAGGGAUAGACCUUCACCUAGGUAAAUAAUUGAAUGAAGUGUAGGGAAAAAUAAAAUCUUUAAAAAUAUCUUUAAAAGCGUACAGAGCCUAUAUAAAAUGAUCAUUUAGACUAGCGUUAACCAUACAUAAAAGUUACUUCUUUAAGAAAUAUGAAUGUCAAUAAUCAAUAUUUUAUUAACGAAUAUGGGUAAUUUUAAUAAGGAUUUUUAUAGACUGAUUGGCUCGCUAAAAAAUACAAAUUCAAAAGAUAUUUUAAUAGGAAGAUCUCAUCGAAACUAAAAUUAAGAUUUGAUACCUAAUGAUAUAAGUAGAAUUGAAAUAAGAUUUUGAUUAGUAUUACCAGAAGAUCGUGUAAUUUCAAGGAUUCAUUGUAAAAUAGUUUGCAAAGAUUACUUUAGGAAAGAUUAAAUUUUAGAAUAAAAAUAUCAAUAGGUUCUAAAGUACAUAAAUUUGCCUUCAUAAAUAAAGCAUAAAAUAAGUUAAUUUUUGGAGUAUAUUUUUAAAUUAUUAAAAGAGAACCAAAAAAUGUAUAUAUAUAAGAUCUUGCAAGUAAUUGUGGAACUUAUAUUAGAGUAUUUAGAUAGGAGCCAUAUUAGUUAACUUAUGACAAUAAAUUUAGCAUAGGGAGUGAUACUUAUUUUAGUAUAGUGUUGAAUGAGACUAAUAAAUAGAAUGCAAAAGAAAUAGAUUAAGACUUUUAUAGAACUUUAAAAAUGUUAUCAUGUUUGAAAACAUAAUAAAGACAUGAAAUUCAUUUUGGAGAUAAACAAAAAUAAUAGGAUUUUUAGUAAUAAGAAGAGGAAGUGACAAUAUUAACAAUAAAAGAAUUGUAUUCUAAAUUAAAAGAAUAUAAUUUACCAAUUUUGGGAAUAAAAUUUUCAGGUUAAGGAGUAGAAUAAAACAAAUAACAAAAUAUAUUAAUAGGGAAAUAAUAAAAUUAAGAUACUGAAGAAUUUUAUAUAGGAAGAGGAACAGAGAAUGCAAUAAAGAUAAAUUCAAAUACAAUAUCUAGAAAAUAAUGUAGAAUAAAAUAUUCAGGACAGUAAUUAGAUUUAUAUAUAAAUGUUAGAUAUUAAUAAUGGGUGAUAUCUGAUGGAUUUUAAGAUAGAGAUUCAGCAAAUGGAACUUGGGUGAGUUUAUCAACAGUUGAAUAGUCAGAUAAAAAAAAGGAAUCAAAUUUAAUAUAAUUAAAAAAUAACUCUGAAAUAAAGAUAGGUGAUUUUAUAUUAAAAGUGGAAUUAGUUAAAGGAUAGAAAAAUAGAUGUGGAGAAUAAAUAAAAGAAAUAUUGUCUGUUUGA